GUAAAAAGGUCCCUCUCUGUUUUAUCUUCUCCAGCCUUUGCCUCUACUCUCCACUCUUUUUCCGCACCACCAGCCCAGCAACUCUCUUCUCAGGUUUGUUUCUAGGAGCAGAAACGAUAUAACAAACAAGGAUUAAGAGGAAGAGGAGGAUAUGAUGGUUGUAACCUUAUUGUCUCCAUGCAAUUCAACUUUAAUCCGUGGUGUCCUUAUAAAAGAAAAUUCAUCAUGUCCCCGAUUAUUUUCGGGCAUUAGAGAAAGGAUUCUGAAUCAACAUGCCACAAGAUGUUUUCAUGUUUAUCAAAACAAAAGGUUAUCUCGUGGCUUUCUUGUGUUUGCUGCGACUGAAGGUUCUGCAAAGUCCAGCAAGUCUGAAGAAACUGUCCCAUCUUGGGCUAGACCCGAUUCUGAUGAGCCCCCUCCUUGGGCCCAAGAUGAAGGGAAGGAGUACACAGCGCAGCAGAGUUUUGAGAUUCCCUUCUAUGUUUACUUACUUGCCUCAGCAGUAACUGCCAUUGCUGCAAUAGGUUCUAUUUUUGAGUAUGCCAACCAAAGGCCUGUUUUCGGAGUUGUAAACUCAGACAGCAUUUUCUAUGCGCCCUUGCUUGGUUUCUUUGUAUUUACUGGCAUCCCCACUUCUUUUGAGGAAUUGCAAUUCAUUUUGGCAUCCCUUGACUUUUGUUGCUGAAAGCUCCCAGGAAACUCUAAACAAAGAAGAAAGGCAUUUCUUUGGUUCAAAUCUGUUCAAGCUGCUAACAAGGAAGCUGAGGAACAAGAUAGGAGAGAUGGUUAUCUGUAAAGUCAAAUUUCAUAAGUUGUCUACUGUAAUUAUUCAUCAUGCAGAAUUAUUCUCUGGAAAUUGAGCGCCUUUCCUUAAUUAGUUAAAGGUGUUGGCUAUUCAUUUUAGUCCUGCUUCUCUGAGGGGAAUAAAGCUUGUGAUUGUUAUAACAGAAUGUCCAUCGAUUUAUUUCUGCUUAUAACUCUGAACUGACUAAAUACCAGCAUUGGACAUAGGUCAUAUUGCCUUGUUGAUCCUGUUUCUCUUA